AGCUACGCAAGAGCUCAUCUUCCCUCCGUGCAUGUUACUUCCCUUCUCCUCCCCUGUUCAUUUCUACAUCCCAUCUGUCUAUGCCUCUUCUGUCUCUUUGCUAGAACGCUCUGAUCACUGCUCCCUUCUACUUCUCUUUCAAGAUCUAUCGAUCUCUCCUGUCCAUCCUGUGAGAGCUAAUAGAACAACCCCGGUCUACCUUGCCGUGGCAGCACACUCUGUCGUCAUCCAUCAUGGCGCUCGACAAUUACUACCGCAACAAGAUUGAGAGCAUGAAGCUUGAGAUCAUUCAGGGUCAGGCUGUUCUUAGACGACUGGAAGCACAACGGAACGAUUACAAUUCGCGGGUACGUCUACUCCGGGAGGAGCUAGGCCUGCUCCAGCAGCCCGGCUCCUAUGUUGGUGAGGUAGUCAAAGUUAUGAGCACCAAGAAGGUUCUUGUCAAGGUGCACCCGGAAGGCAAAUACGUGGUGGAUAUUGCAGAUGGCGUUGAUAUCAGCAAGUUGACAGUUGGGAAGCGAGUUGCGUUGCUGUCCGAUUCCUACAAACUGGAAAAGAUGCUGCCUUCCUCAGUCGACCCGCUGGUUUCGCUAAUGAUGGUUGAGAAAGUACCUGACAGUACGUACGACAUGAUCGGCGGUCUCGAUCAACAGAUCAAGGAAAUCAAGGAAGUUAUCGAGCUGGGACUCAAACAUCCGGAGCUGUUUGAAUCGCUUGGUAUCGCACAGCCGAAGGGCGUUCUUCUUUACGGACCCCCGGGAACCGGCAAAACGUUACUGGCCCGAGCUGUCGCUCAUCAUACAGACUGUCGGUUCAUCAGAGUGAGCGGAUCCGAACUGGUGCAGAAGUACAUUGGUGAAGGAAGUCGUAUGGUCCGUGAGCUCUUCGUCAUGGCCCGAGAGCACGCCCCUAGCAUCAUCUUCAUGGACGAAAUCGACAGCAUUGGGUCUAGUCGCAUAGAUUCGGCGGGAUCGGGUGACUCGGAGGUACAGCGUACAAUGCUGGAACUUCUCAACCAGCUGGAUGGAUUUGAACCCACGAAGAACAUCAAGAUCAUCAUGGCUACUAACCGACUUGAUAUCCUGGACCCGGCCUUGCUGCGCCCUGGUCGAAUUGACCGCAAGAUUGAGUUUCCACCACCAUCUGUCGAAGCCCGUGCCGAUAUUCUACGAAUCCACUCGAGAUCAAUGAACUUGACCCGAGGCAUCAAUCUUACAAAGAUUGCCGAAAAGAUGAAUGGGUGCUCCGGGGCAGAGCUUAAGGGAGUCUGCACGGAGGCGGGCAUGUAUGCACUUCGAGAGCGACGUGUGCAUGUUACUCAGGAAGAUUUCGACCUGGCUACUGCGAAGAUCCUCAACAAACAUGAUGACAAGGAAGUUGCAGUAUCGAAGCUCUUCAAGUAGAUGGAAUGGCGACCCGAAAACGGUUCCCUCGUACGGGUCACAUAGUGAUACUGAUAGUCCUGUUUAUCUCAUCUGAUUUGAAAUGGCUCUCGUCAGCCAAGCCGUUCCUAGAGCUUGUGGUCUAUUCCUGUUGCCUCCCAGCAACAAUCAAAUUCUCUUUGGGAGAAACUUCGCGGGUCAAAUGCAAGCAGGGAAUCAUGUAUAUUGACACGAAAUGUCUAACAAGUUGGUUGUUGAGUCGAACCGGGCCUAUAUGCAAGUACUGCGUAGCGGUGGCGAUAUUAUAUGUUGGAAUAAACUUCAGCUGCCAACAAGCUUACCGUUCCUUGCCCGGCA